UGGGUCAGGCUGGAGUCCAGAUCGGCAAUGCAUGCUGGGAGCUUUACUGCCUGGAACAUGGGAUCCAGCCAGACGGACAAAUGCCCAGUGACAAGACCAUUGGUGGAGGAGAUGAUUCAUGCAGCACCUUCUUCAGUGAAACUGGAGCUGGAAAACACGUCCCCAGAGCGGUGUUUGUUGACCUGGAGCCCACUGUCAUCAGUGAGGUGCGCACUGGGACCUACCGCCAGCUGUUCCACCCUGAGCAGCUGAUAACUGGGAAGGAGGAUGCUGCCAACAACUACGCCCGUGGACACUACACCAUCGGCAAAGAGAUUAUUGACCUGGUGAUGGACAGGAUCCGUAAACUGUGGAAACAGCCUUUGCUUGCCUUUGGCAAAUAUGGUAGGGAAUUUCAUCCGUCUUCAAUCUGUGUAAAGGGUCCGUUUGAUAACUGUCUCCUUCUCUGUCCUCAGGCUGACCAAUGCACUGGUCUGCAAGGCUUCCUGGUUUUCCACAGCUUUGGAGGGGGCACUGGUUCUGGCUUCACCUCUCUGCUAAUGGAACGUCUCUCUGUCGACUAUGGGAAGAAGUCCAAGCUGGAGUUUGCAAUCUACCCAGCUCCCCAGGUGUCUACGGCUGUGGUGGAGCCCUACAACGCCAUCCUGACCACCCACACCACCCUGGAACACUCAGACUGUGCCUUCAUGGUAGAUAAUGAGGCUAUCUAUGACAUCUGCCGCAGGAACCUCGAUAUCGAGCGUCCCACUUACAUAAAUCUGAACAGGUUGAUGAGUCAGAUUGUGUCCUCCAUCACCGCUUCCCUCCGCUUCGAUGGUGCCCUCAAUGUUGAUCUGACGGAGUUCCAGACCAACCUGGUGCCAUAUCCCCGUAUCCACUUCCCUAUGGCCACCUAUGCCCCUGUCAUAUCUGCUGAGAAGGCGUACCAUGAGCAAUUAACAGUGGCUGAGAUCACAAACGCCUGCUUUGAGCCGGCCAAUCAAAUGGUGAAAUGUGACCCUCGUCAUGGAAAGUACAUGGCCUGCUGCCUUUUGUAUCGUGGUGAUGUGGUGCCCAAAGAUGUCAACGCAGCCAUCAUCACCAUCAAGACCAAGCGCACCAUCCAGUUUGUGGACUGGUGUCCCACUGGUUUCAAGGUUGGCAUCAACUACCAGCCCCCCACUGUGGUUCCUGGUGGAGACCUGGCCAAGGUCCAGAGGGCUGUGUGCAUGCUGAGCAACACCACUGCUAUUGCAGAGGCCUGGGCUCGGCUCGACCACAAGUUUGAUCUGAUGUACGCCAAGCGUGCCUUUGUUCACUGGUACGUGGGUGAGGGUAUGGAGGAGGGAGAGUUCUCUGAGGCCAGAGAGGACAUGGCAGCACUCGAGAAAGAUUACGAGGAGGUGGGACUCGACUCCAUUGAGGGAGACGAGGAGGGAGAAGAAUACUAAAGUAACAUAGAGGCAUGAGUUAAACAGGAGAUUCAGAUUAUACAUUCAUGCAGUCAAACAGGAUACUAUAGGUGAAAUGCAAAUAGCCUAAAGACAAUGAAUAAGGAUUAAACCUGCAGCGACUUUACCUUGCCACAAGGGUUCAGAGGAAAUACAUUGUGGACAACAAUUACCUUUUGAUGAAUCCUCGCUUACAUACUUUUGAUGAAGCCACAAACCAUAGACCUAGCUGAGUUUUAUUAUAUUUGAUGCUGCUGUAGAAAAUAUAUAGUCGUGCUCAUGCUACUGUCCAUUGUGAAAAAUUAUUUAUUUCACCAUGUGUUUGUGUAAUCUCACC